UGUUAAAUGACGAUAAUGAUUUUGAAUAUUUGGUGUUUUUUUCCUCUCUCUAUUGGCUGUUGAAUACUUGAAAUGGUUGUAUAUUCAAUAUUGCUUUCAGUAUUUGGUGAUUUGAUUUGAUUUGAUUUGAGUUUGAGGGGAAUUGAGGAUUGCGAUUCUUGGCAGAUGAACUAUUUGAGAAAAUGCUCUAGUAGAGUUAUAAUUCUGAUCCAUUUUUAUUAUGAGCUUUCACUAUCUACAAGCAACUUCAUGGAAGGAUUUCACUGAGCUUUCUUCAGUAUAUGCACCUCGAUCCAAGCAGACUUUCACCGAUGGUGCGUCUUGGGUUGUCCAGAGAAAGCCAAGGCUAUCCAUACAAUGUGCCGUCCAGUUUCGUCCUUGCAUUGACAUACACAAGGGGAAAGUGAAACAGAUUGUUGGAUCCACUCUUCGAGAUUCUAAAGAGGGAGAUUCAAGUCUUGUCACUAAUUACGAAUCUGAUAUUUCAGCUGCAGAAUAUGCUAAAAUGUAUAAGGACGAUGGGCUUACUGGUGGCCAUGUGAUCAUGCUUGGGGCUGAUCCAUUGAGCAAAGCAGCAGCAGUUGAAGCAUUACAUGCCUAUCCAGGUGGUUUGCAAGUUGGGGGUGGUAUCAAUACAAGCAAUGCCUUGACUUACAUUGACGAAGGAGCAAGCCAUGUUAUUGUUACAUCCUAUGUAUUCAGUGAUGGACAAGUUGAUUUUGAAAGGCUAAAGGAACUUGCUCAUGCUGUUGGGAAAGAAAGACUUGUGUUGGAUCUCAGUUGUAGAAAGAAGGAUGGGAGAUAUGCUGUUGUGACGGAUAGAUGGCAGAAGUUCACUGAUGUGUUUCUUGAUCAAGAGGUGUUAAAUUUUCUUGCGGGGCAUGCUGAUGAAUUUCUUGUUCAUGGAGUAGAUGUUGAAGGAAAAAAGUUGGGAAUUGAUGAAGAGCUCGUGGAAUUGCUUGGCGAGCAUUCACCAAUUCCGGUGACCUAUGCUGGUGGAGUGACGACUAUGGCUGAUUUAGAGAAGAUAAAAACAGCGGGGAAGGGCCGUGUAGAUGUCACAGUUGGCAGUGCUUUAAAUAUAUUUGGCGGUAAUUUACCUUACAAGGAUGUAGUCACCUGGCAUUCUCAGCAAGAGUCCUUGGCUGUUUAAAGUUAACCCGCCUUUACAAAUUAUUGGUAGUCGAUUUUGAUCAUUAUGUAACCGCAAAACAGUAGUACAAUAUACUGUCGAGAACUAAAUAGGCACCAGUAGAACUUUUCGGAAUCGAAUACGUUACUGGAUGAACUGAGUUGGAUGUGGUUUUUUUGACAAUUUCUGGAGAUAAAAUGUCUUGUCUCU